AUGGCCACUGCCACAGAAAACACGCCCCCGCAGGCACCCCCCCUCUUCAAUCACACGCCCGAGUCCAUCACCAGCAGCACCGAGGAGCUCAUUGCCCGUGCUAAGGGCAUCAUCGACAAGGUCGUCGCCGAGACGACUAUCGAGAACGCAACCUUUGAAAACACCCUCAAGCCCAUUCUCCUAGAGGACAACAUCACCGAUCCCAUCGGCGGCGUCACCUGCUUCUACCACUACGUCAGCACCGACGCCGCCCUCCGCGAGGCCUCGCUCAAGGCCGAGGAGAAGAUGUCCGAGCUGGCCGUUGAUCUGCGCAUGCGCGAGGAUAUCUUUCAGCGCGUCAACACCGUCUACCAGAACCGCGAGGCCGCCGGCCUGGACCCGGAGGCCUUGCACAUUGUCGAGAGGGAGCACAAGCGCUAUCUCAACGCCGGUCUGCUGCUGCCCGCCGGCCCCAACCGUGAUCGCUUCAAGGAGAUCCAGCUCGAGCUCAGCCGCCUGACCAUCGAGGCCAGGAACAACGCCAACAGCGAAACGGGUGGCAUCUUCUUCACUGCCGAGGAGCUGGCAGGUGUGCCCGAGUCGGCUGUCAACAUCUCCGAGCUGGAAAAGGGCACCGGCGAGAACGAGGGAAAGUUCAAGGUCGGCUUCAAGCCCAACAUCAGCGUUCCGCUGAUGGAGCAUGCCACCCGACCAGAGACGCGUCGUGAUUACUACAUUUCCAAAGAGAACAAGCUCAACAUCAACACGUCCCUCUUCAAAAGGAUCCUUCUGCUACGUGACGAGGCCGCGAGACUCGUCGGCUACAACGACCACGCUUCGCUCAGGAUCUCGGAGAAGAUGGCGCUGACCUCGGACAACGUCAACACGUUCCUCGCGGACAUGCAGGUUCGCGCGGGCGUCGGCCUGAAGAACGACGUGGCCAAGCUUCUGGUGCAUAAAAAGGCCGAGCACGAGACUCGUGGCCUCGAGUACGACGACGAGUUGUACAUCUGGGACGUCAGCUACUACGAGCGCAUCCAGAAGGAGAAGGAGUACAGCGUGGACGAGCAGGCCAUCUCCGAGUUCUUCGCGCUGUGGCCGACGUUCAACGGCAUGCUCGCCAUCUUCCAGAAGCUGCUCGGGCUGCGCUUCGAGGAGCUCGACGCGGCGGCACGCGCGCGGCUGAGCCCGACGGGCCGCGCGGAGGACGUCGUCUGGCACGAGGACGUCAACCUGUACUCCGUGUGGGACGAGGCCGACGCGAGCUUCAUGGGCUACCUGUACCUGGACAUGCACCCGCGCGACCACAAGUAUAGCCACUACGCCAACUUUGGCAUCGGCCCAGGCUCCUCGGACAAUGCUGAUGGCCGUCACCACCCGUUCACCGCGCUGGUGUGCAACUUCCCUAAGCCGACCAAGGAAAAGCCGGCGCUGCUGCAGCACGGCGACGUGGUCACGCUGUUCCACGAGCUCGGUCACGGCAUCCACAACCUCGUGUCCAAGACGCAGUACAGCGCAACUCACGGCACGCACGUGUCGCGCGACUUUGUCGAGGCGCCGUCGCAGAUGCUCGAGCACUGGUGCUGGGUACCGCGCGUGCUCAAGGAGCUCUCGUCGCGCUGGGACACCAAGGCGCCAAUCGGGGACGAGCUCGUCGCCAACCUGAUCCGCACCAAGAACGUCAACAGCUCGUUGUUCAACCUGCGGCAGCUCGUCUACAGCACCUACGACAUGCUCAUCCACGGGCCCGCGUCGCACGAGGCGCUCGAGGCGCUCGACCUCGCCAAGGUGUGGAACGAGCGUCGCGCCGAGGUGUCGGGCAUCAAGGGACCCGAGUCCACCGGAUACGGCCCCCACUGGAGCGAGGGAUACAACAACAUUGGCCACUAUAUUGGUGGUUACGAUGCCGGUUACUACGGCUACAUGUACUCCGAAGUCUUCUCGGCGGACAUGUACUACACGGCGUUCAAGGCAGACCCGCUCAACUCGGAGCAAGGCCACCGCUACCGCCGGAUCGUCCUGGAGCGGGGUGGCAGCCGGCCCGAGAUGGACCUGCUCAAGGAGUUCCUGGGUCGCGAGCCCAACUCGGACGCCUUUUUCCAGGACCUCGGUCUGGCAUGA